AUGCAUUGUGCAAGAAACUUCCUACAGAUUACCACAAUUUUAAUAAUUUCUACCGAACAAUAUAAAACAACAAAUGCGGCUAGUGUGAUACCUACAGAUGAAGGUAAGAGCGCUGCACCGAAAACAACGACGUCUACUGUGAAAACUACAGGCGAUGGUGACACCUCUGCCACUACAACAACGACGUCUACUGUACAAACUACAGGUGAAGGUGAUACCUCUGCCUCUACAACAACGACGUCUACUGUAAAAACUACAGGUGAAGGUGAUACCUCUGCCCCUACAACAACGACGUCUACUGUGAAAACUACAGGUGAAGGUGAUACCUCUGCCCCUACAACAACGACGUUUACUGUACAAACUACAGGUGAAGGUGAUACCUCUGCCCCUACAACAACGACGUCUACUGUACAAACUACAGGUGAAGGUGAUACCUCUGCCCCUACAACAACGACGUCUACUGUAAAAACUACAGGUGAAGGUGAUACCUCUGCCCCAACAACAACGACGUCUACUGUAAAAACUACAGGUGAAGGUGAUACCUCUGCCCCUACAACAACGACGUCUACUGUAAAAACUACAGGUGAAGGUGAUACCUCUGCCCCUACAACAACGACGUCUACUGUAAAAACUACAGGUGAAGGUGAUACCUCUGCCCCUACAACAACGACGUCUACUGUAAAAACUACAGGUGAAGGUGAUACCUCUGCCCCUACAACAACGACGUCUACUGUAAAAACUACAGGUGAAGGUGAUACCUCUGCCCCUACAACAACGACGUCUACUGUAAAAACUACAGGUGAAGGUGAUACCUCUGCCCCUACAACAACGACGUCUACUGUAAAAACUACAGGUGAAGGUGAUACCUCUGCCCCUACAACAACGACGUCUACUGUAAAAACUACAGGUGAAGGUGAUACCUCUGCCCCUACAACAACGACGUCUACUGUAAAAACUACAGGUGAAGGUGAUACCUCUGCCCCUACAACAACGACGUCUACUGUAAAAACUACAGGUGAAGGUGAUACCUCUGCCCCUACAACAACGACGUCUACUGUAAAAACUACAGGUGAAGGUGAUACCUCUGCCCCUACAACAACGACGUCUACUGUGAAGGUGAUACCUCUGCCCCUACAACAAUGA